AUGAAGAAGUGGUGGUCGAAUGAUGAGAAAAGUUGGUCGCUACUGGACUCGUCAAUGAGGGAUAUUCAUGCAGAAGACAUCCUCCCCGUCCAACUACGAAACCUGGUGAGGCCCGUGAAUUCUGCACUGGUCAGCGUGAACCACGUGGGUCAACUGGAACUACUCGACAGACGUCCGAUCAAGGUGAGCCUCCAAUCCAUUUUUGAGCCACCAACGAGUAGCCACAAAAAGAGUGUCACAAGAGAGAAAACCGACGAAAAGAAAGGGAACCGUCGAGAAGAGAGAGCCGAGCGUGAGAGAGUGCCUCGACGGAGAAAAGGACGAGCGAGAAAAGCGAGGGUACACGAGCGGAAGAGAGAAGGCCGACGUCGUGUGAGUGAAUCGCCUUCAAGAAAGCGAGGAAGGGAUCACUCGAGAGAGACCACGCGAAGAGUGGGACCACUGAGAGAGCGUCCCCACCAACGUGAGAGCAGAGAGGUGCAUACGGAGAGUGCCCCACAAGCAAGCGUCGCUGUCCCGACGAGAGGCAGCGGCCAAAGACGAAAGCGAGAGCGGGGAAGAAAGCGCCGCGAGUGGAGAGCGCGACAGCUCAUCCCUUUCGUACACAGUCCAUUUGUAAAGAGCUCUUCGGAGAGAGGGUCACAACGCGACCGCCGAGAGCAUCACAAGCCACCGUACAACAAGCAGCCCGAGACUGCACAAUUCAAAAUGAGCUCAACUAUCAGAAGUCGGUACACCAGAGCAAUCAACAAAUUCAAGGAGUUGAAUGCAGCGAUCACCGGAGAAGAUGAGAAUACUAAAAAAUUGCUUGAAUCGUACCUUUCAACACACGUCAAACAGGGUGUUGAGUUUUUACAAGAAAAGGUGUCGGAAAUCGAAAGCUAUCUGCGGAAAUUCAACGAAUGCGAGGACAGAUGGUUUGCCCUCAUGGCGACACUGAAUGCGGAAGAAAAAGCGGCGGAGGACGACGUGAUGAAGAAGUACAUGGAGACUGAGGAUGGUCCGGAAUAUGCCCGAGACCACGCUCACAUGCUCAUCACUCA